GGUUCCGCUGCUGCCGCCUCGGUUGUUGUUGUUGUUGUUUUUUAAAAGAAAACAACCGGUGGAAGGAGGGGGGGGGAGGCGGAGGAAAUAAUAAUAAUAAUAUACAGAUAUAUAUCUGUGCGAAGUCCCGGAAAAAUUCCUCGAAGCGACGGCGGCGGCAGAGGAGGAGGAGGAGGAGGAGAGACAAUCGGAGGCGGGAGGAGAGCGCUCUGCGCGUCUGGUCUAAUGGACAGCGGACCCAUCAUCACCCAGGUUAGCAAGGAAGAGGUGAACAGUCCUCUGCAGGAGAAAGGUGUUCAGAACCAAACAUCUUCCAAGAAACCCAGGAACCGCAGCAUCUUCCAAUCCCUUUUUUGCUGCCUUUGCCAUGACAACUCAGAGCCUAUCCCUGUCAACAACAAUGCCCCACUGCUGGUGGAAGAAAACGGUUCGGUGACCAAGAGCACAGUCAAAUACCUGUUGCCAGAAAUCAAACCCCAAGAUGCCAAUAAAAUCUGUGUGGUGAUUGACUUGGAUGAGACAUUAGUACAUAGUUCCUUUAAGCCGGUGAACAAUGCAGAUUUCAUCAUCCCAGUGGAGAUUGACGGGGUCAUGCACCAGGUGUAUGUACUGAAGCGACCCCAUGUGGAUGAGUUUCUGAGGCGGAUGGGUGAGCUCUUUGAGUGUGUACUCUUCACUGCUAGCCUGGCAAAGUAUGCUGAUCCGGUGGCUGAUCUAUUGGACAAGUGGGGAGCCUUUCGUGCUCGGCUCUUUCGUGAGUCCUGUGUCUUCCACCGGGGCAAUUAUGUCAAGGACCUCAGCCGCCUGGGACGCGAUCUGACACGGAUCAUCAUUGUAGACAAUUCACCGGCCUCUUACGUCUUCCACCCUGAUAAUGCUGUGCCUGUGGCUUCAUGGUUUGACAACAUGGCUGACACGGAGCUGCUUGACUUGCUGCCUUUCUUUGAAAGACUCAGUAAAGUAGAUGAUGUAUAUACCGUGCUAAAGCAGCACCGGACUACUAGCUAGUGACCAAUGGAGGGGGCAGGGCUUUGGGGCAGGGGAAGUCGGAGGGGUAGGUGUGCCCAUUUUGGCUACUUCCUUCUGCCGAGCAGGAUGGCCUGCUCCCUCGGCCUCGACAAGCAACGCAGUGCCCAGGAAACCCUGCAGGAGGCAGCAGAGAGCAAUUAUUCCCAUGAGGCACUAGAAGAAACUUCAGCAUCUGAAUGUGAUCUUGAACCCCAGGAAGGAAACCUCCUUGCUGCUAUGGUUCACAGUUUCUCCCCUUGAAUUAUGGGUUGCAGAAACCAGGACCUCAGCCCCUUUCCUCUCCACAUACACACAAAAUAUCAAAUGUGACCAAAGCUAUGAUCUAGCUAUGGCCCUUUCCCUCCUAAUCAGAACAGUUCUCCACUCGUUUGCCACCAUCUUGGGGGCAGAUACACUAAUCUGUUUCCCAGGUAUUCACUGCACUUCAUUGUUGUAUCUGUGCAUAUAUCUCCAUUGUCCCAAUUUCAGGAAAAGUGAUUUCUAAAAUCACUGAUCGGCUAGGAAGAGCCCAGAUUGAAAACAUUCAAGAAAACGUGGAGAAGAAAAGCUAAAAAGAACAAGCAGAACUAAAGUGGUGUGGAUGGAGCAGGGAUACAGAAAACUGAUAGAAAGAUGUGAGGAGGGGCGUGACUUUUUUAAUGGACUCAGCUCCACCCUUAAAGGAGAAAAUGUUUCUGCUUCACCAAAAGGCUUAAAAUUUAAGCUGAGUCUUUCACAAAGGGGCUGUGGACCGUGGAUAAUAACUAUUACACAUAAGCUAUCUCUUGGGACUAAUAGUGAGGUCAGUUUUGUCUUUAGCUCCUCUUGGAAAUACCUUCCCCCUCCCCUUGUGGGAAAAGUCCUAAAUUUCCAAACACAGUGAGGGGAGAAGAGAGAGAUUGGAAGAAUUCCCAGUUUUAAUCAUUUUCCCCCUCCUGUAAAUUAGAUAACAGAAGGGCUGGAGACGUUUCGUAAGGAGGAGAGGGAUGGAAAUCAAGUUUGCUUCUUCCUGCUGAGACUUUGGGCGAAUCAGCUAUGUCACCUUUACUAGCAAGAAAAUAAGAGGAGUUGAGUCCCUAUUUUUAAAAAAAAAUUCUCUGGAAAUAGAACUCUCAGGCCACUUAUGUGAUUAUAUUGGGAUAAGGUGGUUCAUGAUACAAACAUUUGCUUAGGAGGAAAGACUUGAGGUGGCAUUGGAAGGCCGAGAAGGGUCUCCUUGAGAUGUGAAAUAUGGCUGGCAAGAAAGAAAAUUCUAUGGGAAAGAAAGGAUAGUCAAGUUCUGUAAUUAAGAGAAUCCAAUAUUAAAGAACAGAAGCUGGGAAGCCAUGGUUCCAUAUGUUGCUGAAGAACAUUCCUGGUUUCCUCAGCUGUUACGAUCUUGAUGAGGGAGGCACAAGGGAUCCUAAAGCAAUAGCUGGAGAGCCACAGAUCCCUCCCACAGCUUAGAGAAAUGAUUAAUGAUCCCGUCCUACAGUAUUUACAUUGAAUGCUUUGGAAUCUUCCUCUUUGCAUCUUCUCCAUAUCGUGUGUCAGCCCUUCCUCCUUCCUCCUCCAGCCUUUAAGUCCCUUUUUGACACUGUCCUUUCAGUGAUACAACAUCAGUCAGAAUUAGACUAAACAGAGGGAUGGGAUGUGGGAGGUGUAUUCAUUCCUUGACCACUGUGUGUGUGUGUGUGUGUUUUGUCUUGUGCUACAGUCGGUGCCUUCAAAUCCCACUGCCUCCCUAGAAAUCUGUAAUCUUUCUGGAUUUGCGGAGUAUGUGGGGCAAAUUGUGCCUUUUAGAAUCAACAGACUUGCUGGGAUAGCAUGAGGAGGAGAAAGCAGAGGUCAUGUGCCAAAAGGAGGUGUCUCCAUUUCUGCUGCUUUGUCCACAGUGCUGGGGGGGCGGGGGGUGUUUCCAUAAGGUGAUGCUUCAGCGAAACUAAGCUGACCCAUCCCUGUGGUUCACAAUGUUUUUUCCUAAUUUUUUUCCAGUAUCUUUGAAGCCUGUUUAAUAGAAAAUUUUGAUACCAAACAAGAAUUUUCUUGGAAUUCUGCCUAGUUACUAUUUCUGGUUAUGGAUUUGCCUUGGUUUCCUCUCCAGUGCCAUCUUAAAUUUGCCUUAAAAUAUUUUCGGGAUGUAAGAAUUCCUUGUGCCUUUGCCUAUUUCUCUUUUUU